AAGAGACGUCUGAAAAAGCAAUGAGAUGCGCAUGACAGCUGGGCGAAGACAGAGGGCAAACUUAAAAGGACCAAGCGCAUAGACCUCGCCUCUGAAAUUGGGGAACGCGAAGGGGUUUGAUCUUGUCGAUGAUUGGCUGGUCUCUGACCAAUCACGGACAGCGAUUGAUAUUUCUAAUCGUCGUGAUCCACCUCCCCGGGGCCUUGGAGCCACGUUUACAAAUAGGAAUAGGGUACGUGGGAGGGAUAGAACGUACAGCCAAUAAAAUCAUGUGGCGCCGAUGGGCGUGUUGAGGCCGCUGCCUGGCUUAGGGCGGAAACAGAUUCUCUGCAUAAGAAGGGGAACGAAAGAUGGCGGCGGAAACGCUGCUGUCCAGUUUGUUAGGACUGCUGCUUCUGGGACUCCUGUUACCCGCAAGUCUGACCGGUGGUGUCGGGAGCCUGAACCUGGAGGAGCUGAGUGAGAUGCGUUAUGGGAUCGAGAUCCUGCCGUUGCCUGUCAUGGGAGGGCAGAGCCAAUCUUCGGACGUGGUGAUUGUCUCCUCUAAGUACAAACAGCGCUAUGAGUGUCGCCUGCCAGCUGGAGCUAUUCACUUCCAGCGUGAAAGGGAGGAGGAAACACCUGCUUACCAAGGGCCUGGGAUCCCUGAGUUGUUGAGCCCAAUGAGAGAUGCUCCCUGCUUGCUGAAGACAAAGGACUGGUGGACAUAUGAAUUCUGUUAUGGACGCCACAUCCAGCAAUACCACAUGGAAGAUUCAGAGAUCAAAGGUGAAGUCCUCUAUCUCGGCUACUACCAAUCGGCCUUCGACUGGGAUGAUGAAACAGCCAAGGCCUCCAAGCAGCAUCGUCUUAAACGCUACCACAGCCAGACCUAUGGCAAUGGGUCCAAGUGCGACCUUAAUGGGAGGCCCCGGGAGGCCGAGGUUCGGUUCCUCUGUGACGAGGGUGCAGGUAUCUCUGGGGACUACAUUGAUCGCGUGGACGAGCCCUUGUCCUGCUCUUAUGUGCUGACCAUUCGCACUCCUCGGCUCUGCCCCCACCCUCUCCUCCGGCCCCCACCCAGUGCUGCACCGCAGGCCAUCCUCUGUCACCCUUCCCUACAGCCUGAGGAGUACAUGGCCUACGUUCAGAGGCAAGCCGACUCAAAGCAGUAUGGAGAUAAAAUCAUAGAGGAGCUGCAAGAUCUAGGCCCCCAAGUGUGGAGUGAGACCAAGUCUGGGGUGGCACCCCAAAAGAUGGCAGGUGCGAGCCCGACCAAGGAUGAUAGUAAGGACUCAGAUUUCUGGAAGAUGCUUAAUGAGCCAGAGGACCAGGCCCCAGGAGGGGAGGAGGUGCAGGCUGAGGAGCAGGACCCAAGCCCUGAGGCAGCAGAUUCAGCUUCUGGUGCUCCCAAUGAUUUUCAGAACAACGUGCAAGUCAAAGUCAUUCGAAGCCCUGCGGAUUUGAUUCGAUUCAUAGAGGAGCUGAAAGGUGGAACAAAAAAGGGGAAGCCAAAUACAGGCCAAGAGCAGCCUGUGGAUGAUGCUGCAGAAGUCCCUCAGAGGGAACCAGAGAAGGAAAGGGGUGAUCCAGAACGGCAGAGAGAGAUGGAAGAAGAGGAGGAUGAGGAUGAGGAUGAGGAUGAAGAUGAGGAUGAACGGCAGUUACUGGGAGAAUUUGAGAAGGAACUGGAAGGGAUCCUGCUUCCGUCAGACCGAGACCGGCUCCGUUCGGAGGUGAAGGCUGGCAUGGAGCAGGAACUGGAGAACAUCAUCCAGGAGACAGAGAAAGAGCUGGACCCAGACGGGCUGAAGAAGGAGUCAGAGCGGGAUCGGGCAAUGCUGGCUCUGACAUCCACUCUCAACAAACUCAUCAAAAGACUGGAGGAAAAACAGAGUCCAGAGCUGGUGAAGAAGCACAAGAAAAAGAGGGUUGUCCCCAAAAAGCCUCCCCCAUCACCCCAACCUACAGAGGAGGAUCCUGAGCACAGAGUCCGGGUCCGGGUCACCAAGCUCCGUCUCGGAGGCCCUAAUCAGGAUCUGACUGUCCUCGAGAUGAAACGGGAGAACCCACAGCUGAAACAAAUCGAGGGGCUGGUGAAGGAGCUGCUGGAGAGGGAGGGACUCACAGCUGCAGGGAAAAUUGAGAUCAAAAUUGUCCGCCCAUGGGCUGAAGGGACUGAAGAGGGUGCACGUUGGCUGACUGAUGAGGACACGAGAAACCUCAAGGAGAUCUUCUUCAAUAUCUUGGUGCCGGGAGCUGAAGAGGCCCAGAAGGAACGCCAGCGGCAGAAAGAGCUGGAGAGCAAUUACCGCCGGGUGUGGGGCUCUCCAGGUGGGGAGGGCACAGGGGACCUGGACGAAUUUGACUUCUGAGACCAACACUACACUUGACCCUUCACGGAAUCCAGACUCUUCCUGGACUGGCUUGCCUCCUCCCCACCUCCCCACCCUGGAACCCCUGAGGGCCAAACAGCAGAGUGGAGCUGAGCUGUGGACCUCUCGGGCAACUCUGUGGGUGUGGGGGCCCUGGGUGAAUGCUGCUGCCCCUGCUGGCAGCCACCUUGAGACCUCACCGGGCCUGUGAUAUUUGCUCUCCUGAACUCUCACUCGAUUAAUCCUCUUCCUCUCCUCUGUGGCUUUUCCUGUUAUUGUCCCCUAAUGAUAGGAUAUUCCCUGCUGCCUACCUGGAGAUUCAGUAGGAUCUUCUGAGUGGAGGUGGGUAGAGAAAGCAAGGAGGGCAGGACACUUAGCAGGCACUGAGCAAGCAGGCCCCCACUUGCCCUUAGUGAUGUCUGGAGUCGCUUUACCCUCUUCUAUUGAAUUGCCUUGGGAUUUCCUUCUCCCUUUCCCUGCCCACCCUGUCCCCUACAAUUUGUGCUUCUGAGUUGAGGAGACUUCACCUCUGUUGCUGAGGAAAUGGUAGAAUGCUGCCCAUCACCUCCAGCACAAUCCCAGUGAAAAAGGUGUGAAGCACCCACCAUGUUCUUGAACAAUCAGGUUUCUAAAUAAACAACUGGACCAUCAA